AAGGCGCUCUUCGCUCUUCGUCGCUCCUCCAUCGUUCCGGGUCGCUGCUUGCCUCUGCCCGAAUCUCGCUGCUGGACUGUCGCUUGAGCCCGGCCUCCGUCGUCUUGCUUGCUCCCUGCUGUCCUGCAAGCCGCCGACUCCCGCUUUCUCCCAGGGCUCAUCUCCCCGCACACUGCGUGGCUGCCCACGUCUUUUUUCGGUCUCCAACCACCAACCCGUCGCCGCUUUCCACAACCAUGUCCUCCGAUUCCAGCCUGCAAACGUCCUCGGGCUAUCUCGACGCAGAGUCCUACUCAGACCUGGCCGAGCUCCCUUCACCGCCGCCUGUCCGGCGUCCGUAUCCCGAUCGGCCUCCUCUCGACGACGCUGAAAUGCCGUCGGUCGUCAGCCCCACAGCCACCCGCCCUGCGUUGAUGCAAAAUGCGCUUUUUUUCGAGCUUCGGCGGCGUGAGUCCGAGCCCGUCCUGGACUCGAUCAUGCUCUUUGACAGCUUCAAAGUCGGCAUCAAUCCAAGCGGCGCCCUGACCGAUGCUGCCUCGGUCUCAGAUUGGGAAGAGGAUCAGAGCUGGAACGAGGGCCUCGAUGCACUCCGGAACAUGCCCAGGCCUCUCAGCGUCUCCAGCGCCGCCAGCUGGUCGACCGAAAGCCGCCUCGAUUCGGCCUCCUCUACCCCCGAAGAAAUCAAGGCCGCAAGCCAACGCCUCUCCAAAAAACUCGCCGACUCUCAGCAGAACCUUACCACAGCGACCCAGGAGAAGCAGCGCCUGUCCUUUCGAGCCAUUUAUCUGCGGCAGGAAAUCGCCAGUCUUUUGCAGCAGGCUGCUACUCUCGAGAAGAGACUGGACCAGAUCCAGGCAGAAUGCAAGCCCCUCAUCUGGGAACGGGACUUUCUGCUCACCACCACCAAUGCACUUGAAGGCCGCAAAGCCCUGCCGGCACUGACGUCGAGCAAUCCCCCGGCUGCCUCCAGCUCGGUCGCUGGGGCUGCUAUCCCGGCUUCGGCCGAGACACCGUCUGUUUCCCGGAGCCACUCCUAUGGUGCCCUGCAGUAUGCCCCCGAUGCCAACCCGGUGCUGGUGCAUCCACUGCUGGUGCUCAACAAAAACACCCCCAUCGAGGAGCGGUCCUACUCGAGCCGGAUACGGAGCCUGAUCCGCAACCUCGGCGUGCUUGUCGACGGCCUUUCGACGCUGCCGGGGUUCCAGGGCCUCAAGGACACCGAAACCUUUGUGCCGCCUCCCGAUAUCGACUCGCCUGACGAGGAAGAUGCCCGCGAGCCCAUCUCGCCGCCUAUGCGUCCGCUGUCCCAGGCCUUCACCGCCCUCAACCUGGACGAGCUGCCCUUUGACGACAAGCGAGCCUCUAUCUUCUCGUCCGUCUCCAGCAUCUCGAGGAUACCCGAGGACGACUUUAGCAUGGCGUCGCUCAAGGCGCGCAAGGCCCGGCUUGAAUAUCUGUACCGCUCGUCGCGCAAACGCUGCAAUCGCCUCGUGGCCGAGAACAACUGGGUUGUUCCUCGUCUCAAGAAGAUGCAGGAUGGCGUCACGACGCUCGGCGAGCACGUUCACCACCUGCACGAGGCCAUCGAGGUUGCCAAGACGACAAAGAACAACCUCCUGGCCAGCAACGAGGAGCUCAAGAAGAGGAGGAACCUCCUGCUCAGUCAGCGGCAUCCCGAGCAGCAGCCGCGAUCGGCGAGCGAGCCGUCCAAACCCAAGACAGUCGGAAUGGACGACCAGUCUGUGGCCGAGCGGCGCCAGGCACUGAAGGUCAAACUGAGGACGAUGCGGACCUCCAGCCUGCGGAAUUAGCGCUGCCAUGCGUGCACAUUGCCUCCCUCCCAGAAGCGGUGCCGGGGCCUCCUUUCGACCGCUGCAGCCUCGAAUAUCAUUGCAGGGCGCUUGGGCGAUGUUUCAAGCGUCUGGAAUGCCAUCACCACGCUGCCUGUGGCCGGGAUCUGCCGCCACUGUCAAUCCUAGUCUGUCUCAAGAUAGCCUCAAUCCGCCGCCGCUGGCUAUGCCGACUGUGCUGGCUCUCCUCUAUUAUGGAUAUGCCCGCGCUGCUGGCGCCUUCGACCCUGGUGCCGGC